AUGCCAUUGUUGCUCGAUCUAGCCACCUUACCACCCGACGACAAGGUGGAUUCUGCCCGCGCUGCUGUGGCAUCCUCCGGUGCCCUGCAGAACAUCGGCAGCUACAUCACUGGCACCCUCGACUCCCUCUCGACCACCCUCGAGUCUUCCAACCAGUACAUCACAGGCACGCUCGGCGUCCACCCCUCCCUCAUCUACACCGCCGCUGCCGCCCUAGUCGCCGUUCCCGUCACAAUGUCCCGCUUCAAUUGGUCCCGGAGCCCCUACGGCUCCCAGCCCGGCGGCGUGCCCACCGUCACGGAAGACGACUACACAUACAUGACCUCCCAGGACAUCGAUGACGCCGGUCGGGGCCCAUCAGAAAGCGUGCGCCGGCCAUACACGGCUGAGGGCGACGGAGACGUGAUCAUUAUUAAAAGCCGCGGCGUCAACUACCCAGCACACUUUCCCCGCCGCUCCAUCGACAACGGCAAGCUAGAGGUCCACGACAUUGCCGAGCGCGUAGGGCUUCAUAUGAAGUUGUCGGAGCACGAGAUACGCUCCAUCAAGAUCAUCUACAAGGGCCGCCACCUCAAGGAGCCGUUGGCGCCCGUGCGUGACUACGGCGUGAAAAACAACAGCGUCGUCAUGGCUAUUGUACCCGAAGGAAACGACCGCUACGACAUCUCCGACGAGGAAUUGGUUGUCGUUAACGAAUCCAAGACCCAGAGGAAGAAUAGGAGGCGCAAGGAGGCCAAGAAGCGCCCUGCCGGGGACGGCGACGCCGCCAGCAGCCCUCAUGACAGCACCUCAAACGGCGGCGCCAAGUCGCCGUCACCCGUGCCUGGCGCGGCCGGCCAGAGACGCAUCGACGAGCUAGCCAACGAAUUCGCCACGAAGUGGCUACCCAUGUGCAAAGAAUACAUUGCCAAGCCGCCAGCCGACUCCAAGAAGCGCCGUGAAGAGCAUACUCGUCUGUCCGAGACGAUCCUGCAGCACAUCGUGCUCAAGCUGGACGAGGUGGAUACGGAAGGUAACCCGGAUGUGCGACAGAGCCGCAAGGACUUGAUUCGUACUGUGCAAGAUUUGCUGAAGCAAGUUGACAUUGCGCGAGAUUCUGUUGGCCAAUAG